UCCAAUCUCCAAACACAGCCUCACAUAGUCACAGUAGCUAGAGCUAUGGACUGGUUCGCAUGGCUCUCGAAAACCAGCCUUGAACCGAGCCUUGUCUACGAGUACGGCAUCAUCUUCUCCCGCAACCAGCUUCAAAUGGAGGACGUUGCUUUCUUCAACCAUGAGUUCCUGCUGAGCAUGGGAGUCUCUGUGGCCAAGCACAGGCUGGAGAUACUCAAGCUAGCCAAGAAGGAAAACCAGGGUCUUCACCCUAGAGCAAUUUCAAGGCUCGGUUUAGCGCUCCUCAAAACCAAGAAAUGUUUCAGCAAGUACUUUACAAGAAUGUCUUCCCAUGAAACCGACAUGUCGUCGUCGUCUCCCAAGUAUGUGGCUGAUCAGCCGGAGAAGUAUCAGGAGCAUUGGAGGGGAAGUCUGCUGAGGAAACCGGAGGUCAGAACUCGGAGCAUUGCGCUGUCGGGGCCGCUGGAUAUGAGGACUCAUGAGAAGUUGAUGAUGGUUCCUAACCCUAAGAGCUUGAAGCUGUCAGGACCGCUGGACUCAAAGCUCAACGAGAGGCUCAUGUACACAGCAAAUAAGAGCCCCAGGCUCACUUCUACGGUGAGUGACAAGUUAAUGGUUGCAGCAAAUAGGAGCCCAAAGGCAGCUGGACCGUUGGAUGGAAGAUCGUACGAUAGGCUGAUGGUGUCGACGAAUAGGAGCCCCAAGCUGUCUGGACCUCUUGAUGGAAGAGUCGCACCGUAUGAGAAGGAAAACGUCGAUUUUGAUGAUCAUUCACUAUGGACGGCAAUGUUUCAGGAUAUGAAACCCACUUGACCAUUAUAUUGUGCU